CCAUCGAUACACGGGCUCUGAGUCCCUUCGUCAGUUCGUCUAUAUAAUCCCAGCCAUCGAUGCCAGGCCACUACUCCAAACCCUAGUCCUUCUUCCGCCGCCGCCGUCACCGCAGGAGCAGCACGAGCAGAGGUCGGAGAUGGCCAAGUCGAAGAACCACACGGCGCACAACCAGUCGUACAAGGCGCACAGGAACGGCAUCAAGAAGCCCAAGCGCCAGCGCCAGACCUCUACCAAGGGGAUGGACCCAAAGUUCCUGAGGAACCAGAGGUACUCAAGGAAGCACAACAAGAAGGUUGGGGAGGCUGAGGUUGAGGAGUAAGAUGGGCAAGUUCUUGGUGAUGGAUAUGUCUCUUGUAUCGCUAGGAUCUACUGUUCUUAACUUUAUCUAGUUUUCUGUAUGAUCAAAGGAUAUCUCUGCUGGUUACCCAAGUUUUAUCAUGAUGUCAAGUUGGAUCUCUACAACCUGCUACAAACUUUUGAAUUAGAAAUGAUAUUUGCAGCUUUUUUGAAAUUGUUAUAUA